CCUUUGCAAUCUACAUAAGGUCCGCACCCCGGGGACCCAGGGACCCAGGGACUGCAGAAACUGGCCUUCCUCCUGCUGUCUCCCAGAAUCCAAGACAGAGACCCCAGGCUCCUCUGGGGAAGUGAGGCCACCAUGGCUCAGGAGAAGUCCCUCAUCCUGUUCCCACUGCUAGUCCUCAUGCUGCUGGUGCUGGGGUGGGUCCAGCCUUCCCUGGGCAAGGAAUCGCGGGCCAUGAAGUUCCAACGGCAGCAUAUGGACCCAGGCAGCUACCCCACCAACGACGCUAACUACUGCAACCAAAUGAUGAGGCGCCGGGAGAUGACGAAGGGAUGGUGCAAGCCGGUGAACACCUUUAUCCACGAGUCCGUUGUAGAUGUCCAGGCCGUUUGCCUUCAGGGAAAUGUCACCUGUAAGAAUGGCCAGCCCAACUGCCACCAGAGCAGCUCCAGCAUGAACAUCACGGACUGUCGCCUGACGUCUGGCUCCAAAUACCCCAAUUGUGUGUACCGGACCAGCCAGAAAGAGAGGCACAUCAUCAUAGCAUGUGAGGGGAACCCAUAUGUGCCAGUCCACUUUGAUGCUUCCGUAGAGGUCUCCAACUGAGACCAGAGCAGUGAGAUGCCCCGCCUCAUUAUUGUGUCACCUGCCUCUCCCCUCUUCCUUCCUUGCCCUAAGGGAAAUAAUUCAAGUUAGGGCUCCUAUCCAACGCAACAUGCUUUCCUGGGCUGAUGCUUGCUCCUGUGUGGUUUGGGGGGUGAGGAGUGAGUUGUGAGGUGGGCCCCAUGUUAAACCACUUCACUGCUUCUUUCAAUAAAACUCAGUUGCAACCACCUGAA